CUUCCUCCCUCACUUGACGUCCCUGGCAGACUCCCACCCCUGACUUCCACAAGUGUGGAAAGCUGCUCAGACGUGAUAUGAAGUAGGUGUCACAGCACUGACCAAUGAUCUGAACUGACUUUAGUGAGGUUUGUCAGAGCCACUCACCAACGGAAAAUGGCUUCCAAGCAGCCGCUGGGCUUCAAGUGUCGCUUCUUCGUGGUGGUCCUGCUCCUCCUGGCCAGCAUCGCCGCUCUUGUUACUAUUGCCGUCAUCCAGCACAAGUGGAGCGAGCAGGAGUACGGAUUAGAGUACGGCAUCGUGAUAGAUUCCGGCUCCUCAAAGUCUAAUAUCAUACUGUACCAGUGGCCGGGAGAAAAAGAGAAUGAGACAGGUGUCGUGACAGAGGUCAAGAGCUGUAAAGUCCCAGGCGACGGCAUCUCUGAGAUGAAAGUUGACCCGGAGAAAGACGCCAAGUCAUGGAAGGACUUCAAAGCCUGCAUGGCCAACAUCACCAAAGAAAUUCCUCCAAAGAAACACAAAACCACGACUGUGUUUUUGGGAGCCACAGCUGGGAUGAGGUUGCUCGAGGCGAAGGAUUCCAAGAGGGCCAGCGAGGUCAUGGCCAGCCUGAGGGAAUACCUGAGCUCCCUGCCCUUCAAGUUCCAGAACGCCUCCAUCAUUUCCGGACAGGAAGAAGGACUCUACGGGUGGAUCACGGUCAACUAUCUAAAGGGCAAAUUUUUAGAGAGAAACACCUGGAACAAGUUCAUGCGUCCAAACGGAGCAGACACCGUGGGCUCCAUGGACCUGGGCGGCGCCUCCACUCAGAUCGCCUUCGCCGUCUCAGAUGACCUGAAAGGCGCCGACUACCUUCCCAUCAGACUCUACGGCUAUGACUACAACGUCUACACUCACAGCUUCCUGUGCUACGGGAAGAACGAGGCCGAGAAGAGGGUCCUGGACCUGAUCAUUCGGAACUCUUCUGACCUCACUUAUGUGGAGAACCCCUGCUACCUGGAGGGUUCCAACGUCACCCUAUCGUACUCUGCCAUUUACAACACCAAGUGCACGGAGAAACCGGCCAACAUCAACCUGGACAGCAAAUUCCUGAUGGUGGGCGCUCCCGACUCGGAGCGGUGCGGGCGGAUCGUCAGGUCCAUCUUCGACUUCAAGACCUGUUCCUCGGCUCAGUGUUCGUUCAACGGAGUGGAGCAGCCCCCGGUCAGGGGAGGGUUCAUGGCCUACGCCGGGUUCUUCUACACGGCCCGAGCCAUGCUGCUGAACGGCACCUCGGAACUGGAGCAGUUUCGUCAGGGGAUCCCCAACUUCUGCACCACACACUGGAAAGUGAUCAGGCCGCAGAGGGGCUGGAUCUCCGACCGAUACCUGAGGACGUACUGUUACGCCGUUCACUACGUCUUCACGCUGCUGCAUGACGGAUACAAGUUUGACGCAGAAACCUGGAGGAAUAUUGAGUUUCAGGAAAAGGUUGACGGCACGAGCGUCGGCUGGAGUUUAGGCUACAUGCUGAGUCUGUCCAACAUGAUCCCGUCCGAGAUCGAGACCACAACUCCCCUGACGGACGCCGUCUUCGCUGGACUCAUCUUCCUAUUCACGGCGCUCAUCGUCAUCGCGGUCAUCUUGUUCCUCAUCACCCUGGUCCGCGCCUGUUACUGACGAUAACCAGGAACCCGAUUUGCCUCGUGCGACGGACGGAAGGAGAGCUGAUGGUUUGGUUCCUCUGAAAUGCUCCUCUCUCUAUGUGUGAAUGCGAAAGUCAGUCAACCCUCCACUUUCUUCUAGCAUGUGACUCCCCUCCUCCCUCCUUCAAGAUUCAGAGCAGCAACAUUCAGUGCCUCACCACUGACUCAUGGCUCUUUUAUUCCAAAAACAAAAAUGUUUACAUUUUUUUAAGCUUCUCUCCAACAAGCCACUGAUAUUACAUUUCAUGACGGAGGCCGUACGUGAUCUGAACUGACGUGGCCGAGGGGCCCGGACUGUGGAACUUGUUUGAGACCUUUCCUACUUCAGUUUGGCUCCAACGUUAGGGCUCCGAUUGAUUGGAAAGUCAGAUUGAUAAUCUUUUAUUCUGAGGGAAAAUGUCAACGUUGUUUGUCCUCACACAAGCUCCAUGCUGCGAUCAGAUUAUUCACGGUCAACGCAGAUAAAUGUGGUUUUUUAUAGGUUGUUGAAUCAUACAGCUCCACAAACAGCUGCCGUCCACUUCACUUUGUUCCCAAUGCUCCACAACGAUCAAAACUUAUGAAGGAUAUGAAAACGUGGAGUUUCUUCGCGACCGUUUCCAGGCCAGUGCCGAGAGCUCAGUCAACUGAAUGAAUCUGGCUACUUUCACUUGAUCAUCAUGUGUAACAUAAACACAAUGUCAUUCAAACCUUUGACCUAAACUAUCGUGAGUCAAGCUUCAACUGUUGCGUUGCUUUAUGAAAUGUACUGUGACAUGCCUGAGCUGAGGUGAACAAAGGGUUGCUCCUGAUGUUCUGCUUGUUUCGGCGCUAGCGUCUCAGGUUUUACUGCCAUAGGUCCAUUCACGUGAAUUGUUUUAUCACGUUCAAAUAAAUGUAAAAUGCUCACAAUCAAUUUUGGCGUUUUCACACCUCCACGUCCGGUGUAGUCCCAGAAUGCACUGCAGCAGUUGAAGCGCUAAUAUUAGUAAGGCACUUACGGUUUUGUUUGCCAGAACAUAUGAGCUAUGACGGGCUUCUACUCGUGAGAACAGACCACAUGCAGGGUGACGACGUUGCUUUUAUCUCAGGGAAGUGAUGAUGGGAUCAUUUUUGUUCAGAGAACACUGCAACAACAACAAGAGAAGAAGCUGUUUGUGUUUUACUGUUGAUGCAUGUCAUGAUUUUGUUACAUCAGUCAUGAAUGUUGUGUCAUUGCACUGAUAUUCUCUUCCAUAUUGUGUGUUUACUAACCGACGCUGUAAAUAAAUAAUACAUCAUUGAACGAGAGUCAUUCCUCUUGAAUAAUAACGUUAUUUCUUUUGCAGACAUCAUUCUAUGAUGCUUAGUCAUGUCAUGCCUGCGAUAACCAACAGAGGGCGACCUUGUAACAUAAUGCCUUCUUUCUUUCACUACUCUUCACAACCUUAGAUUUCACAGCAAUACUCCCGAAUUAUUGGUCUUAUAGAAUCAUGCGUGCGAUCACUGUAAAAUGUCGUUUGAAGCAGA